UUUGCACCUCACUUUCAUCUUCGAUAGGCUAUCUGUCUCGGCUCUAAACGCAUUCAGUUUGAAUUCAGUGGAUUCUCAUCUUUCCAAAAUGUCUGAUGCACUUCCCACGUUGCCCUUUGAUUUCCUUACAUGGCAGGAUGCGGUCAAGAAGCACGAUCUUGUUGGCCAGACGGUACAUACUGCCGAACUUGCGUCGGCUUCCAAAAUGACCUACGAGCAAUUCUUACUCUUGCGCAUUCUCUGGAUAACCCAUCUUGGAAUACAUCGUUUUCGCCUGCCGCCAGUCUUAGAGCCACACCUUAUCCAGGCCAAUAAGCUUCUCGCUGAGUCUCAAUCGUGGACACAGUAUUGCAAGAGCAUCAAAGCGGCGCGGACUACAGAGGGCAGCUUUGCUAUUGCCCGGCAUUAUCAGAUCAAAGCUGAUAAUACUAAGGGCCAUCUGCGGCCGGACAGCUUUGAUACGCCGAUUGCCAUGCGCACACGCAGCCAUACGAGGAAAUUAGAACAAGAAUUCAAAACACUCCAACUCAACCAAACGCCGACCAAAGCUCCUACUCCGGCGCCUCAAAUCACAGAACCAGAGAAGAAUGAUGACGACGACUCUAUCUUUUUGGAAGGAUCAGACGCGUCAGAAGAAUCAGAAGCGUCAUCUAUACCUGUCACUCCAGCUGCCCUGAUUUCUGGUGAACUUCACCGGCUCAUGUUUCCACCUACUAAAGACGAGCAAAUUGUGAACACUGCUCUUGUGGUCUUCCUGAAUGCCCUUACGAUUCAUUUUGACGUCAUCGCGCAUUGCGACUGGACUUUACACAGAAAGGCCUUCACUGUCCAAUUUGAAGCUGCUAAAUACGAGGCUCGGACUGACGGGUAUCUCGAUGACGGCAGAGAGAACCCUUGGGCUCUUAUUGAGGUGAAACCUGUUACUAGAGCACAAUUUAAUCAAGGUCGAAUCCAGAUACAAGAGGGUUCUCAGAUGUCUGGCUGGAUCAAGGAGGAAAUUGACGCUCCUCUAGAUAAACUGCGGGUUCAUGUAUCCCAAAAUCGACACGAAAUAUUCAUCACCGUUGCAGAGUACGAUAGCGGUUAUAUAUCCUAUCUCCGAAAGAAGCCCGCAGACGACGAACCCCUGUCAUUCUUAACCAUGCAUCAGUACGGACCGUGGAAUACCAAUAAUGCAGGGCACAUGAAAAAGCUGGGUCCAAUCCUGCUGGCCCUCACACUCUACGCCGAUGCUGAGGUCAAGAAGGCAGAAUUGCUCAAUAGUCUGGAUAGAUGAACGGUCAAAUGGGCACUUCGCUUUAACAAAUUGGUUCAUUCAAGUCUCAUCGGUAUUGACAUUUUAAGAUCGAACCACUAUUGUCACCAUAUGCUUUCAAUUGUUAAUCUGGCUUUUCAAACUCUCAGCGGUUCUUAUUUUCUGUUUUGUGAUACUGUAUUGUGCGUCGCGUGUUUCCUUUCCUGAGAAUUAAGAAGUCGUUCCCUUGAUAAAUCGAGAGCAAUCACAGAAUAGUGCGC